AUGACUGGCCAAACUGAUCUCAAGACUUUAUUGAAAUCAGCAACACCGAUUCUCAAUGAAGGCACAUACUUCUUCUGCAACAUUCACUUGACGCCUAAAGUUGGUGAGAAAUGGACCGACAAGACAUAUUCUGCUAUCCACGGACUGUUGCCUGUGUCGGUGGCUACAAUACGUGAGUCAGAAGGGCUGACGGUGGUGGUUCCCAAGGAAAAGGUCGACGAGUAUCUGUCUGACUCGUCAUUGCCGCCUUUGGAGUACGACUCCAACUAUGAGUGUGCUUGGAUCACUUUGACGAUACAUUCUUCGUUGGAGGCUGUGGGUCUGACAGCUGCGUUUUCGGCGCGGUUGGCCGACAACAAUAUCAGCUGCAACGUCAUUGCUGGCUUUCAUCAUGAUCACAUUUUUGUCGGCAAAGGCGACGCCCAGAGAGCCAUUGACGUUCUUUCUAAUUUGGACCGAUAG